AAGAAACACACUUCGUUCCUUGCUCCACUUUCCCCCUCCAUCCUUCUUUCCCUAGUACCCAACAGCGGUGUCAGAGUACUACCAAGUGACAGCGACAGCUGCUCACGAACUCGCCGUCAGAAUGGACAAGGAGAAGCUCGCAAAGCUGCAAGCGCAGGUUCGCAUUGGUGGAAAAGGUACCCCACGACGAAAGGUCGUCAAGAAAUCAGCUACUGCUUCUCAAGGCGAUGACCGAAAAGUUCAAGCUCAAUUGAAAAAACUGAACAUGUCAGAUCUUGGAAAAGCCGAUGAGGUUAACAUGUUCAAAGAGGAUGGAAACGUUUUACAUUUCAGUCAACCAAGGGUCCACGCAUCAGUCAACAAUAAUUCUUUAGUCGUUUAUGGUGCUGGUCAAACUAAAGAAUUAACCGAACUCGUCCCUGGUGUUUUGAACCAACUCGGACCCGACUCACUCGCCAAUCUUCGUCGUUUGGCAGAAUCAUACCAAAGUAUGACGGCCCGUCAAGCUGCCGCUGCGGCGGCUGCUGGCGGUGCUGGUGCAGGAGCAGGAACGGAGAAAGAGGGUGAAGUUGAUGAUGAUGAGAUUCCAGAGUUGGUAGAGGAUUUCGAAGCGGUUGGACAAAAGUCUGCUGAUUUGGAGACUUUAGAAUGAGCAAAGGGAGGAUGCAUCUGGUCAUUUUUCGUCGGUCAUCGAUGUUUUCGCGGAAGAGCUAGAUGGGUGGUUAUUGUGACCAGCGAUAGGCAGACGGGGGUGAGAGGAAGUGGAAGAUGAUAAUUGUAUCAAGAUGCAGCAGAGGAGUAUCUGAU